AAUGGCUGAUCAAUUGACUGAAGAACAAAUUGCUGAAUUCAAGGAGGCUUUCUCAUUAUUCGACAAGGACGGCGAUGGUACUAUCACCACAAAAGAGUUGGGGACAGUUAUGCGCUCUCUUGGACAAAAUCCGACAGAAGCCGAAUUGCAAGAUAUGAUUAAUGAAGUGGAUGCUGAUGGUAACGGAACAAUUGACUUUCCUGAAUUCCUUACAAUGAUGGCGCGUAAGAUGAAGGAUACAGACAGCGAAGAGGAAAUUCGAGAGGCUUUCAGAGUCUUCGAUAAAGACGGCAACGGUUUCAUUUCCGCUGCAGAACUUCGCCACGUUAUGACCAAUUUGGGUGAGAAAUUGACUGAUGAAGAAGUGGAUGAAAUGAUUAGGGAAGCAGAUAUUGAUGGGGAUGGACAAGUUAAUUAUGAAGAAUUCGUUACAAUGAUGACUACAAAAUGAGGAUGGGAAGAUAUUGAAGGAAAAAGUUUUUUUAA